CUCAACUUCAUCAGUUCUGCUGGCCGUUCCCACGAUCCCUCAAAGUUGACAGUUUUACACUGACCGCUAUCAAACAAGCCAACUGAACAUCUAACCCAUCAUGUCGAGCCAGGCCGAGAUCGUCAAGCUGCUCUCCACCCUCCUCUCCGUCGUGGAGACCUCCAUCGUCCCGCUGACUCGGAAGGGCGUUUCAUCCGGCUCCAAGCUCUUCGGCGCUGCAAUCCUCUCCCGGGCCGAGGACCUCAAACCGCUCACUGUUGCAACCAACAAUGAGCGCGUCUCACCCCUGCUCCAUGGCGAGAUCAACUGCAUCCAGCAGUUCUUCACCGCCGACUUCCCCGACCCGGCGACCCGGCCCGAUCCGCGCCGCGACUGCAUCUUCUUCGCAACCCACGAACCGUGCAGUCUGUGCCUCAGCGGCAUCGCGUGGUCUGGAUUCAGCGACUUCUACUAUCUCUUCACGUAUGAGGACAGCCGCGACUUGUUCGCCAUCCCAUACGACAUUGAGAUCCUCGAGGAAGUAUUCAGGGUGAAGGGCGCGGAGACGGACCAUCAGUUACAGCAACGGGCCUUGUACAACAAGAAUAACAAAUUCUUCAGAGGCAGGUCACUUGCCGACUUGGUAGCGCUCCUGGACGAUGAGGCGCAGAGGACACACUGGACUGGCGAGAUUCAAAGAGUCAAGGCGCUGUACAACUCUCUGAGCGAGACCUACCAAGAGGGGAAGAAGCUGGGGGCGACGAGCUCUAGCAUUUGGAAGUAGUGGCACCGUGAGUAUCGGUUGAGUUUUCUCCUGUGGCAGGUAGCGACCCAUAUACCCAGACUGCCGUUGUCUCCUCACCUGAACUGGGCCCGUUUCAUAUACGUGAAUGUGGCAGAGUAGAGGCAUCCCAACCACUCUGGUCCCUUCGUCCUUGCUUUACUUGUUCUGACCUUUAUAUGGAGGCUAUGGCGAGGUAUAUGUGCCAUCCAAGCGGAUUACUCCAUCACGCGCCCUAUGGCUAGCUCGAGCCAACUCCAUGAACUCGACAUUGUGCUGGGAACGGCGACAUUCUCAACCCACGCCCCAGGACUCCGACAAGCCGAACGCUUUCACGAACUGAACAAUUCGCA